AUGAGUCAGUUUCAAAGCUGUGCAACGGAACUGCAUUGGACACAUGCCAAACGGAUAUUGCGGUACAUUAAAGGAACGCUGGACUUGGCUUUGGUGUUUUCAGCGAAGGAUCCGGUACCAGUACUGGAAGCAUUUGCCGAUGCAGAUUGGGCGAAUGAUCUGGUGGAUAGACGCUCUAUCACUGGAUACGUCUUCCGAGUAUGCGGCGGUGCCGUCAGUUGGUUGACUAAGAAGCAGUCCACCAUAUCGUUGUCUUCGACGGAAGCGGAGCUCGUGGCCUUGAGCACCGCUGUUUGCCAUGGAGUUUGGCUGGUUCGUUUACUGAAGGAGCUUUCCAUGGAACCGGAGGGUCCGGUGGUCUACUACGAAGACAACCAGUCGACGAUUAGGGUUGUCGAGGAGGAGCGAGAUACAGCGCGCUUGAAGCAUGUCGAUGUUCGACAUCGAUUCAUCCGUGAAGAGAUUCAGCGGGGGCGUGUUGCUGUUCGUUAUGUCCCGACCGGUGAACAAGUUGCAGACAUGAUGACCAAGGGCUUGUCAUCCGGUGUGUUCCAGAAGCAUCGAGCCAAACUGGGGUUGGCACCUUCCGGAUAUUGA